AUGCAAGUCAAAAUACUCUUCAUCGGCCCGACCGAGAGUGGCAAGUCAAUUCUUGCCAACUUCCUAUCAGAAACAUCAGAUAAUGUGGGAGGCGAGUACAACCCUACAGUAGGAGUAAGGAUCCUGGAGUUUGAGCCCAACUUUGAAGCCAGUGGUGAUAACAGAGACUGCAAGGUUGAACUGUGGGAUUGUUCUGGAGAUUUCAAAAUUGAAUCAUGUUGGCCCAUAUUCAUGAAAGACUCCAGUGGUGUGGUGAUCGUGUUCAACCCCGACGUCCCAAGCCAUCUGAAGGAAAUCGAAACUUGGCACUCGAUGUUCAUCUCCUCCCAGAGUUUACAGGAGAACCAGUGCCUGCUCAUAGCUCACAACAAACCAGGGAGUGCAGCAAAGGAAGGGCACAUUCCCUUAGCCUCGCCUCUGAACAGACUGCCACUUAUACAGUCCAAUUUAGAGGAAGAGCCUGAAGAUGUAAGAAAAGCCUUUUCCCGGUAUCUUGGAAAUGUUAUGAAAGCUAUGUCUGAGAGUCGGGAGCAAGAGGAGAUGUCAAUCAUAAUGUAA